AAUUUCAGUUUUACAUUAUGGUUUCAUGGAAGUAGAAGAAACAAGUUGAGAUGCCGAAGCAAAUCAACGUAACAGUAUCAACAGUCGAGUGUGAUUUGGACUUCGCCAUCCAACCAAACACCUUGGGAAAAAAUCUUUUUGAUCAGAUUUGCCAUACGAUUGGAGUUAAAGAAGUUUGGUACUUUGGGUUACAGUAUGUAGAUAACAAAGGUGUGACGUCAUGGCUCCGGAUGAACAAAAAGGUAAAAGAUCAGAAUCUACAGAAACAAUAUCCCUGGAGAUUCAGAUUCAAAGUUAAACUCUAUCCAGAAGACGUUGCUUACAACAUUAUUCAAGAUGUCACAUUGAGGUUGUUUUACAUGGAGAUAAAGGACCUGGUUAUAACUGACGAAGUGUACUGCCCUCCCGAAACAUCAGUUCUUCUAGCGUCUUACUGCUGUCAAGAAAAGUUCGGAGACUUUGACCCGGAGAUAUACCACACAAGUUUAUUAGACAUAGACGGUCUUCUUCCAGUCAGAGUGAUACAACAGCACAGACUAACACACAGCCAGUGGGAGGAGAAGAUAGUGGAUUGUUGGUUGGAGCACAAGGACCAACUCAGUUCCGGUUUCCUCGUUGCAGAGGAAGCGAUGUUGUCAUUUCUGAAGAUAGCACAAGAUUUGGAUAUGUACGGAGUGAACUACUUCGAGAUUUACAAUCGAAAGGGAAGCAAGUUGUGGCUGGGUAUAGAUGCUCUGGGUAUCAAUAUAUACCAUUUCAAUGACAAGUUGGCGCCCCAGAUAGGUUUCCCAUGGUCCGAGAUAAACAAUAUCUCCUACAGCGACAAACGAUUUACAAUCCAGACAGCCAAUAAAUCACCCGACUUCGUGUUUCUUACCUCCAAAUCCCGGAUAAAUAAAACCAUCCUCGACCUGUGUAUCCGAAACCACGAACUUUACAUCGCACGGAGAAAACCCGAGUCGCCCGAAGUUCAGCAGAUGAAGAUGCAGCAGAUUGCGGAGAGGAAGGAGCGCAAUGACGAGAGGAUGCGAUUGAAAAAGGAACGGGAAGCAAGAAUAGCAGCUGAGCACAAUCAACGUGUUUUGGAGCAGAAACUUAUGGUUAUCGAACAGGAACAGCAGGCAUCCAAAAAAGCAUUGUUGCUAUACCAAGCGAGGAGUAAUGAGUUGGAGCGAAAGAUACAUGAUAGCGAGGAACAGUUCCGAAGGUUGAAGACGCAACGCGAAAACACGGAACAGGAAAUGUCUCAAAUGGAAGUUCAACUCAGUACACAUAAAGAGGAAAAAGAGGAAUUGAGGGAGCAAUAUGAAUCGAAAGAGGCGUUUGCUAUGAAAACUGCGAUCGAAGUCGAACAGAUGCAACUGAAAUCAGAAAAACUCCGAAAAGAGUACGAUAACCUACAAAAGAAGUACAGUGAAGAGGCCUUGUCUCGUAGUAUGACGGGCAGCGUGACCAGCGAAAAUAGUGACCCAAUGGAGGACACUUGUUCUGAUGGACAGGACUUCAUAACCGAGAUUGAGGGUAACAGAAGCGAAGAAAACAGAGAUCUGGAGACAACUCGAGAUACGCUCCUCCAUAAAAAAUUAAAGGACAUGGAGAAGGAUUUGAUACUAGAAAAGAACUUCAGUGCCCUAACGGACACCGACCAUCACUACCUGGCAAUUCAGCAACAGGGAGAAGACAAGUACAAAACCCUCAAGAAGAUCCGAAAGGGAAAUACGAGGCAGAGGGUCGAGGACUACGAGCACAUGACGUCUUACAGAGAUGAAGAAGAGGCCGAGACUGUUUCUUGAGCAUACAAACCACAGAAAUAGGCAACAACCGACGUUUAGUUACACACGAUGUGAACCUUUUACAGUUUUAGCAACUUUCUUAACAACUUGAAAUUUUCUUAUGCAUAUUUGACUAUAAUUUUACUAUCUAGUAUCACUAAUUACUAACCAUUUUCAAUUUUGACGUUAAAAUCUGAACGCAAUUAAAUCAUUAAUAAAAUUUGAUAAAUCUACUAAAUGUUCAAUUUCACGUUUCAUUUGGCUAUCGAAAAGCUUAAAUUUUGGGAAUAUUUUGAAUUAUGAUUUUUGGUGCAAGUGGUGAUUUUUAGUCCACAAAUGCCAGUGUCUGACAGGAAAUGACUAGAUGACGUUGUCAGAGUGCCUAUGUAAAGGAUUUCCGAUCUUGUUGAUAAAUAUUUUUACUUGAAUUUGCAGGUUUGUCCUGGAAUGUACGUGUGACCUGUUUUUAUAUCAGUUUUUCUUGAUAAUACUUAACCUUACAUAUUUCAGACGUAGCUCAUGGCUAAUAUUAUUAUAUUUUGUGUAAAAUUGAUGGUUUUCUCAGUUAGGGCCUGUUCACACAUUUCGUCAGCAAGUUUGCAGAUAUAAACUGGUGUGUAAAAUGACAUCAGCGUCAGUAUUUACCCAUGUUUAACCUACCCCUUGGCGCUGACGUAAUAUGUGGACGAUUCCUUAUUAAUACUUCUAUGUGUCAUUCUUUUAUUUCUAUUUUAAUAAUAUUUUGAAAUCAAAAGUUGAAUGUUUUAGGCUGAUGACUGUCUAUUAUGUAUUUGAUGGAUUUUUGGCAUACUAAAAAUGUAUAAAAAAUCUUUUAAUAUGAUAUAAGUUUGUUGAUUUUGUAAUGUGCAAGUGUGGGCCGCAACCCAACUACAUUCUAUUCUUUAGAUUCAAUGCAUUCUAGAAACUACAGCACUUUCGUUGUAUUUUUCAACUUGGACGAAUCAAACUAAUUCUUCAUACCAAGAUGUAAAAUUGGAUGGACCUAGUCCCUGGAUUAAUCAUUAAUAUCAUUUUUAUGUGCUUAUAACUAUAUUCAUUAUUGUAUGAAAUGUUGGUCAAUUGUCAAUAAAAUAGAUAAAAUGUCGUUUUACUUUGACUGCUAAAUAAGGUAUAUUCUCACAUUGAUAUUACAAUAACAGUGGC